UAGAAUCGGUGGAUUUGAGCGCCUGCGUGGACAACCUACGAACGCACGGAUACAAUGGCGGGGAUGAAGCUCAAGUUUAAUGAUUAAUGUUAACAAGUAUAUAUGGCAGCUCUUUAAGAAACAGCCGUGAAUUUAAGUUCACCGAAGUUUCACUAUUGUCACAUCCGGACGGAGGAAAGCUUGAAGUUCCGGAUCCAUCUCGCAUGUCACCAUGACAUUAAUACAAAAGUUGACAAGAUUGAGUGGAUAUGUGCACUUGAAACAAGGUUUGGAGUGUUUGGGAACCAGUUCUCAGAGCAAGAGAUUACAGCACACUGCAUCCCAUUCAUCCUCAUGCAACUAUCAGCUGCUGCCUGACUGCUUAGAGCUCAACUAUGGUGGUCUUGUUAUGCACUUUGACUACGUUUGGCUGCGAGAUCACUGCCGCUCAGCUUCAUGCUUCAACUCAAAAACAAACCAGCGUAACCUGGACACUGCCAGCGUUGAUUUGAACAUCAGACCUUCAAAGAGCAGAGUGGAUGAAAACAACCUCUUCCUGACAUGGCCAGAUGGACACAUCACGCGGUACAGCCUAACAUGGCUGGCCCAGAACAGCUACGAGGGCCAGAAGAAAAGUUCUGUGCAACCUCGUAUCCUGUGGAAUGCAGAUAUCUACUCCAGUGCUAAGGUGCCCUCUGCAAGUUGGGACAAGUUCAUGAGCUGCGAUGAGGAGCUGAAGAACUUCCUCAACAAUUUCCUGCUUUAUGGAAUUGCCUUCGUCGAAGGCGUCCCACCAACCCUAGAAGCUACAGAAACAGCAACCCAAAGAGUGAGCCUCAUCAGGGAGACCAUGUACGGGCGGAUGUGGAACUUCACUUCAGAUUUUUCUCGUGGAGAUACAGCCUACACAAAGCUGGCACUGGAUCGACACACUGACACGUCGUACUUUCAAGAACCCUGCGGCAUCCAGGUGUUUCACUGUCUGAGACAUGAAGGAACAGGUGGCAGAACUCUGCUGGUGGACGGUUUCCACGCCGCUGACGUGGUGCUCCGGCAAACGCCCGAGAACUUUGCGCUGCUUUCCCACGUGCCGAUCAAGCACGAGUAUAUCGAGAACCUGAGUGAGCAUCGCAACCACAUGAUCGGCAUUGGCCCCGUGCUCAACGUUUAUCCGUGGAACAACGAGUUGUACAUGAUUCGGUAUAAUAACUAUGACCGUUCUGUUAUUAACACAGUCCCUCAUGAUAUGGUGCGGCGCUGGUACACGGCUCACAGGCAGCUCACUGCUGAGCUGAGGAGACCAGAGAAUGAGCUGUGGGUUAAACUUAAACCAGGCAAGGUUCUGUUCAUCGAUAACUGGCGUGUUCUGCAUGGCAGAGAGUCAUUCACCGGCCUGCGGCAGCUGUGCGGAUGUUAUCUGACGCGUGAUGAUGUGCUGAACACAGCUCGCUUUCUGGGUCUCCAGGCUUGAGUGCUAAAGUAGCCAAAUGUCAUUUACCAAAAACAAGUUGAUUUCUCAAGCGUUAGGAUAGCAGAGGAUCAGCACAGGAUCACAA